AUGCUUGCUGAUUUAAAGGUUAAAAUUGAGGGUACUUCUACAAAUUCUGAUACUGUUUCCUUUGUUUCUGCAAAAAGGAUUUUUGAUGAUGAUUUUCCAGAAAUUAAAAGAUUUUUUGAAGAAAGACCUUUUCAAACCCAGUUUUCUAUUUCUGCCGAUAAGAUUUAUGAAUGGAAUACUGAUGGUAUGUCUGAACAAGAAAUCAUUAAUAAAAUGGGUCAUAUGUCUAUGGUUGGAAUUGCUUAUAUUAAUAACCAUGAUCUUGACCACCCUGAAAUUGUUGACCUUCUUGCUACUGGUUUUUCUGCUGAAGUCAACAAAAAUAAUCACACUGCUUGGUCCUCCAAUUCUUCAGGAGCAGAAAUGCCCAUCGCCCAGCUUUUAGAGUCUGGAAACUUUGUGGUUCGAGAGAAGGCUAAUACUAAUACUGAAAGCUAUAUAUGGCAAAGUUUCGAUUUCCCGUCAGACACACAGUUACCUGGCAUGAAGAUGGGUUGGAAUUUUAAGACUGGUCUUAACCGAUUCUUGACGUCUUGGAAAAAUGCUACUGACCCUUCUAGGGGGGAAUUUACUUACACAUUUGACAAUCUGGGGUUGCCUCAACUUGUUUUUCGCAAGGGAUCAGAGAAGAAGUUUCGCACUGGUCUGUGGAAUGGACUACGAUUUAGUGGAACAGUUGUGAACAUAAACGCAGUUUUUAAGCCCAAUAUUGUGUAUAAUAAGGAUGAAUUGUAUUACAUGUAUGAGGCUAAUGACAAUUCUAUUGUUACAAGAGUUACUUUGACUGAGUCGGGUUCAGUCCAACGUCUUUUGUUGAAUGAAGGGAGUGGCGAAUGGGGUGUAAUGUAUACAACACCGAAUGAUCUGUGUGAUGUUUAUGCACAGUGUGGAGCUAAUGGAAUUUGUAAGAUAAGCAAAAGACCAAUUUGUGAGUGUUUGAAGGGAUUUGUUCCAAAACAUCAGAAGGAGUGGGAAGUGCUUAAUUGGACUGGUGGUUGCAUGAGAAGGCUACCACUGACUUGCCAGAAGGGAGAAGGGUUUCUGAAACUUGAAGGAGUGAAAUCGCCAGACUUGGUCCAGUUUUGGUUGAACACAAGCACCAGCCUUGAAGAAUGUGAGUCAGAGUGCUUGAAGAACUGCUCUUGUACGGCUUAUGCUAACUCAGAUAUUAGAAAUGGAGGCACUGGUUGUUUGAUGUGGUUUGGUAAUUUAAUGGACAUAAGAGAGUUCGAUGAAAAAGGGGAACAGGCUAUUUAUGUUAGAGAGGUAGCUUCAGAACUAGACAAAUUAGGUUAUUCCAGUCUGAAGGAGAAGAAACUACUGAUCAUAUCAAUAACUUGUGGGAUGCUUGUUUUUGGUCUGGCGUGCUGCUUCAUUAUUUGGAAGAAUAGAACGAGGAAAAGAGGAAAAAGAACCAAGGAAGAUUUGGACGUGCCAUUGUUUGAUUUUGUUACUAUUGUGAGGUCAACAAAUAACUUCUCCGGAACAAAUAAGAUAGGAGAGGGCGGUUUUGGUCCUGUUUACAAGGGUGAGCUAUUAUCAGGACAAGAAAUAGCAGUGAAGAGGCUCUCAAAUAGUUCCAGCCAAGGUCUUGAAGAGUUUGUGAAUGAAGUUAUUAUGGUCUCCAAACUUCAACAUCGGAAUCUAGUUAAGCUUCUGGGCUGUUGCAUUGAAGGAGAAGAAAGGAUGCUAAUCUAUGAGUAUAUGCCCAACAAAAGUUUGGACUAUUUUAUUUUUGAUCAGAAUGGGAGAGCAUCAUUGGAUUGGCAGAAGCGCUUUCAAAUUGUCAUGGGAAUUGCAAGGGGACUUCUUUAUCUACAUCAAGACUCCAGAUUAAGAAUUAUUCAUAGGGAUCUCAAAACUAGCAACAUUUUACUUGAUCAUGAAUUGAACCCCAAAAUUUCAGACUUUGGUAUAGCAAGGAUUUUUGGAGGGGAUCAAAUGGAAGCAAAAACAAAGCGAGUAAUUGGGACAUAUGGAUACAUGUCUCCAGAGUAUGCAAUUGACGGAAAAUUUUCAGUCAAAUCAGACAUUUUUAGUCUUGGUGUACUAAUGUUAGAGAUACUCAGUGGCAAAAAGAACAGGGGGUUUUCCCAUCCAGAUCAUCACCAUAAUAUUUUGGGGCAUGCUUGGCUUCUGUGGAAUGAAAACAAAGCUUUGGAGCUAAUGGAUCCAUGUUUGAAGGAAUCAUAUGUUAAAUCUCAAGUGCUAGGAUGCAUUCAAGUGGGUCUACUAUGUGUUCAGAAACUUCCAGAAGAUAGACCAGCAAUGUCAUCAGUGGUUUCCAUGAUGGGAAAUGAGGGGUCACCACUUCCUCAGCCUAAACAGCCUGGUUUCUUCAUAGAAAGGAGUUCCAAUGAUGCAGAUGUGUCAACAAGUGUAGAAGGAUGCCAUACUGAAAAUGCACUCACUAUAACAGUGAUGGAAGCGAGAUAAAGGAAACAUCUGCCGUUGCAAUUGGGAUAAGUUGAUGUUCAACAAGAAAUGAGAUGUAAGAUUCAGAAGUUCAAAGUUUGUGGCAUCUUGAGUUGAUCACGGGGGCUGAAGUUGGGGUGUGCAUUAGAAUUCUAGUAGAUAAGAGAGAGGGAGAAACGAGAGCCUCGAUUGCCGGUUCCGAUAAGUAGGAAUUUAUGUCAUUUAUUUUUGCCAAUGCCAAGGGAAAAGGCAGGUAAAGGUACUAUUCUUGAGAAAAAGUUUCAAUGGCUAUGGUGAAGCAGAGUUCCUUCUGAGCUCGUGUUUUUUUUUUUUUGGUGGAUUAAUUUCUAUAUCUAUAUAUAACAGUAUCCUCCUUCAACUCAAACUUUAUGUUACUAGUUAUCUUAUUGGUAGAUAAUUUUUUUUU